AUUAGGAGCAGUGCAGUCUGUUGCCGCGAAAGCUGUUAAUGUGAUUUAAGUGUAUGUUGUAAUUUGUUUUAUUGUAAAUGUUAAAUUAUUUUGUGGAUCUGUUGGACUGUUUCGUUUAUUUAUUUAUGUUCAAAUUUAUACUCACGUGUAGACACCGGCAGAAUAUAUUUAUAUAUUAUACUAAGAUUCAUGCCGUUGCGGCUGGCUAGUUUUUUUGAUUUUAGGUGAGCUCUGAAAAGAGUUAAUGGAACCUUCGUGUGUACCAUUUGACUUUCUUACCUUGUGAUCUGCUGUUUCAUUAUUAGAACCUUUCUUUCAAGUGUACAAGAAUGCCACUAUACGAGAGGAAAGCAUUUGAAAGAAGAAAAGCACCGAAAGAUUUAGAUCCAAAUGAAGUUUUAUUUUAUUGUAAAGCUACACAUGAAGCAUACCGAGAUUAUGAACCCUUUUUUGAGCGGGUUAUCUUGUGCAACAGCUUGGUGUGGACUUGUGCUCUUACUGGAAAGCCUAACUUGACUUUUCAGGAAGCUAUGGAAUCAGAAGCAGCAGCUCGUCAUAGCCUGAAAACAUUCCCUAAUGCUCUUAAAAAACCAGUUUUAUAUCUUGCUUCUCUCACUCAACGUACACGUUUAAAUGAUAUGUGUGAUGAUGUGUUUAUGUAUGUGAAAGACAGGUAUUUUAUAGGUGAAGAAGUAGAAGUCACUUUUAAUGGUGUUAAGAAAUCCUGUGAAAUUACCCAAGUUGUGCUUCCAGAGAGGCCUAUCCGAAGUCCGGUGAAAACUGAUAAUAAGCAAAAGAAAAAAGAUAUCACUCCUUCAAAGAUAAAAUAUGAAGUUGUAGAUUAUGAUACUGGAAAGACAGCUGUUGUUAAAGCAGAAAAUAUAUGUCGACCAAAGGGAACAUAUACCAAACCAAGAAAUAAGUUGUUUAUUAAGUAUCACACACAGCCUAAAGAUGGCGUUUGGAAAGUUAAGGAAAGUGCAGUUGCUAAAUUACAGUUAAACGAAUUUCGAUUUGAAGAAGUAUUUGCUGGUCCCCCUCCAAGUUAUGCUACAUCACCAGAUAAAAAAAAAUCUUCUGUGUCUUCUGACAAGGCUGACAAAAAUUCGAGCAAAAAAACUUUAUCUGAAUCAUCUGGUAAAAAAACUGUUCAAGGAAAGUUAAAUUUUAAAAAGGAAACUGUUGAAGAAAAAAAGAAAAGUAUUGAUAAACAGGCUUUAAGUGAAAAGCAGAGAUUAGCUGCUGAAAAAGAACGAAUGAAAAUUAAAGAUGAUCAAAAGAAAAAACUAGAAGAAGAUAAAGAGCGUCAGAGACAAGAAAAGCUUAAAGAAAGAGAGAAAAAACGAGAAGAAAAGAAGAUUCUUGCUGAGUAUUUAAAUUCAUGGAAGAAACCAAGAGAUGAUUUGGAGUGUGACGACUUGAAAGAUUUACCAGCUGCUACACCUGUCGAAUGUGAUAUUCCUCAGGAUUGCUUUGGCGAUGCAGUUAUGAUUUUAGAAUUCCUCAAUACAUUUGGAAAACAAGUUCAAAUUAAGGAUGCUUUUCCUCAGGGUUUCACAUUUGAACAUAUAGAGAAGGCUCUUCUGGAGACUGACAUUCAGGGAGUGUUUAAUGAUCUUCUACAGCUUUUUUUGACGUCUAUAUUCCGUUAUCAAGAAGCUGAAGAAGAUGCUGUUCCUGUAAAAGAUGAAGAAGUUAGUGGUUUUGAAAAUUUAGACAAUUUGACAGUAGAUCAAGCAAUGAAACUUGCAUCUUCUGUAUCAACAUGGCCUCAAAAAUAUCAUGGAACAGCUUUGCGGAAUAUUCCAUUGGAUUCCUUUUCUGUCACUGAAAUCCUACGUCUGCACAUAUUGUCAUCAGGAGCCAGACGCCGUGUUAGUUGGCAAGGUGUUUCAGGCCCUAGUGAAGAUCCUGGCCUAUUUUUCAAGUUAGAAGAAACUGAUUUGUUAAAAAAAUUGGCGAAAACAAGUGUCUUUGAUUUGAAUUGCGAGGAUCGCUGUAAGAUACUGAAAUUGUUAGUUCAUCAGCUUCUGGCUUGUGAUGUACUGAGGUGUGCUGUAGAUGAGAAUGCUGAUAAUACACGUCCUUUGCGGCAUCAAUUAAAACAGUUAAAAUGGGCACAUUCUCGUAAAGAAAAGGAGGAGACAAUGAGUAAAAAAAAAGGAGAUGGAAAGCCUAAAGAAAAGGGAGAUGGAAAUGAAGCGGAAGUAAACGAAACUCCUAGCCCUGUAGAUGAAGAAGAGAAGGAGAACUCGGAUAAUUUAACUCCGGAAGAACGUGCCGAACUGGAAGAAAAGAAAGCUAAACAGGCUGCCAAGCAAAAGGCAGAAUUUCUUCGCAAAGAGCGAGAAAUUGAAUUGCAGAUUAGGAAGUUGCAGUCGUCCUUCAAUAUAACCCCUAUUGGAAAGGAUCGAGCUUUUAGGCGAUACUGGGUUUUUCAGUCUUUACCUGCUGUGUUUGUUGAAGAUGAUGAUCCAUUUAAAGGAACAUGUCUUCCAAAACCAACAAUUCAGGCUCAGUCUCCAAAUAUAGCAAGUGUGCGGUCUGAAACUACCAGUUCUGCUAUUAAGAAAUAUUUACAACACAUGGAUGUUAAAAAUGGUAGUAGUGAUAAAGAAAAUGAAAUUUUAAGAGACAUAGCUAUUGUACAAAGUGAUCUUCCAUUCCCAUUUAAAAACAGAAAACUCUCGGAUCUCAAUCCGAGAGUAGACUCUAAGAAAUCUGUGCACGAUGAUUUGCUUGAAGAUGAGGCUUGUUUGUUGUGUAAAAAUAAAAAAGGAGAAAUCCAGGACAAUUUAGUGUGGUAUUGUCCACAUUCUAAAAACUUAUUACCUACAGACCAGUGCAGUGCAAAUAUAGACACAUGUCCUGUUCAUAAUAUAAAUGCACCUAGAACUAAAUGGUCUUUUUACUAUAAAGAAGAAGAAUUAGAUGCUUUAAUAUCUAAUUUAAAUCCUCGUGGUUUUAGAGAAAGGAAAUUAAAAGAGGCUCUUAUCAAUGAAAAAGAAAGAAUUAAAGAAAUAAUGGCAAAAUGCCCAUACAAUAGCUUAAAUAAAUCUCUGCCUUUACCCCCUCAACCAGAAGUAAGGAAAUCUCAAAGGCAUCAAAAUUCUCAUAGCUCAAGUAGUUAUGCAGGCAUGUCACCACGACUAGCUUUAGAUCUCACUCUCCGUGACAUGAUUUUAGAAUUAGAACACAGAAUUCAUGCCGGUGGUCUUGGCUCUUUAAAGGUUCCUGACCGGGAGAGCUGGAGAGCGGCACUUGACAAAGAUUUAGAUAUAGAUUCUACCAAACUUGGAGGAGAAAUUCAUAUAAAAGAAGAAAUUGAAAUGAAUUUUUCAAAAUCAAGUUCACAGUUGUCUGAAGAACAAGAAAUAAAGAUGCUCGCGAAAGCUAUGCGUCAAUUAUCACAGGGCAUUGAACCAAAAUAUUUGCAUCCACCUUUAGGUGAAAGUGAUGAAUAUAAAAAAGCAAAACUGAAGAAUCCCGAAGAAGUUGAUUCACAGAAGAAAAAAGUUUCUGCUUUGGAGAAAUGGCAAGAAUCAUUGCUUCAAUGUACCAGUACGUCUCAGUUAUUCGUGCAUCUUGGAACUCUGGAGCGAAGUGUAGCAUGGUCACGUUCAGGUUUAAAAGCUCACUGCCGAAUUUGUAGACGAAGAGGUGAUGGAGAAAAUAUGUUGUUAUGUGAUGGUUGCAAUCGAGGACAUCAUUUAUAUUGCCUGAAACCUCCUCUAAAGUGCAUUCCUGAAGGUGACUGGUUUUGUUUAAGCUGUAGACCUAUCGAAAAACCUGCAAGUCCACAGAAAAAACCAAAACGAGCUGAAAGUGAUAGCGAUAUUGAUUCUUCUGAAAAUGAAUCUGAAGAAGAAAGCGCUGAAGAAGAAGAGGAGGAGGAGGAGGAUGAGGAAGAAGAUGAGUCUGGUGAUGAUAAGAAUAUAUCCGAAACUACAUUUGUUCAGGAAUCCUGUGAAGCUUGUGGAGAUGUGGGCACUCUGCUUUGUUGUGAUAAAUGUCCUCUGAUGUAUCACCAGGAAUGUGUAAAUCUAAAAAGAAUUCCCCGAGGUGAAUGGUUAUGCCCUAAAUGUAGUAAAAAGGAAGAGGCUAUUAAAAAGGCUCAAAAACAUCCUUCAACUGGAUCAUAUGGAACUAGGUCAUCAACACUUACUGCUGAAACAAAGAAAGGCCAAUCAUUAAAAACUAAAAUUGGCAAAAAGGGCACAAAGAGAAAAUAUGAAGAAUCUUUUGAAGAAGAGUUUGAGCUUCCUAGUAGAAGAUCGAACAGAGAACGGAAAUCUCACCCAGAAGAUUCAGAAAAAGAUGAUAAUCCAUUCAAAAAAGUGUAUAAAGAUUCAGCGCAAAAUGCAGCUCGGAGGCGAUCGAAAGGUGGGAGUGGAAGUGACAUGCUGGAUUACAAAGCAUGUAUAGAUUUACUAGUUGAAUUGAUGCAUCAUCCUUCCAGCUGGCCUUUCUUAGUCCCAGUCAGCAAGAAAGAUGCUCCAGAUUAUCAUCUCAUAAUAAAACGCCCUAUGGACUUCGGAACCAUUCGCUCUAAACUUAAUUAUAUGAAUUAUAAAAAUAAUGAAGAUUUUGUGCGAGACAUUUAUCUUGUGCUUCAGAAUUGUGAAUGGUUUAAUCCAAAAUGUAGCCCUGAGUACAAAGCUGCACAAGUACUUUAUAAGGAAGUGAAAAGACUUUUGCAAGAAUACCAAAUAUGUAAUCCAUUUUCCACAAAAGACCACUUUUUAAAUGUAAACGAAUCAUGAAUUAUUGUUUAAUAAUGACUUAAUUUCUGUAAUUCAGAAAAUUCUUGAUAUUUAACUCAAAGCUGCAUGUAAAACACUUGACAGAUUUUUUUAAAUUAAAUACACAAGAAAACCUUUUUGUAUUUUUGCUGAAUUAUUCGUUUUUCUAUCUGAAUUCCUUAAUAUCUUCUGUGAUAUAAGCAUUUGCAAAAAAUUUUUUAAAUAUUUCUUGAUGACUCCCAGUUUGGAAAAUCUUGUAGUUGAUUUUCAGGAAUUUUAAUGAUGACUGUAUAAUAAGGAAACAUCCUAUUUAGGUUUAAAAACCUUUUACUUUUUUCAUUUAUGUAUUCAUUUAAUUUAUUUUUUAAGUUUCAUUUUUAACUUUUGGAAAGAGUAUAAAAGUUCUUAUAUAUUUUUUCAUGUUGUAUAAGCAUUAAUAUUUCGUAUAAAUUGUAUCAGUUUUUGUAUUUUUCCUUUAAUAAAUUGCAAUUAUUUAUUUUUAAUUAGCUAAUAAAUUAAAGACAGUUUUGAAUCUGUUGUAUUUAAAUUAUUUUCAUGUUCAGUCCAGUUUCAAAAAUCUGUAUAGCAAAAACAUUCAGUCAAGCUUAUAUAUAAAUUCUCAACUAGGUAAUACAGAAACAGGAAGAAGUUUUAGCUAAUUUUCUGUAAGUUUUUUAAUGCAGGGCAUUUAAAAUGACUAAUGAUAUGUUUUUAAAAUAGCUAAUUAUCUCUGAAGCGUUUGGUUUGCAGUUUCUAUAAACUUAACCAAAUUUCUUUUAUUCCAGCUUAGUUUAUUAAAAAUUUCCAUAUGUUAUUGUAUAGCCUUUGCAGAGUGAUUCAAGCUUUCAUAAUAUCUUUUAAAAUCAUCGAAAAAGAUAUGAACUUUUAUUAACCUUGCUACCCCACCCACCCCGAAAAAAAGGGGGAAAUAGAAUGAAUAGAAUGAUCCAAGUAUGAAAAUUGUGCUUGCCUUCUCUUUAAUUCAUGGAAUAUUCAUUUUCAGGGGAUCAUUUACCUUUUGAACAUGCAAUUUCUGUACAUGAGGGAUUCCCAAACUUUUUCUUUCAUCAACCUCCUUUGAAAGAAUGGUUUUCUUCAUUGAUCCCUUUACGUUUUCCUCUGUAACAUACAGCACGCAGUAUAAUCAUAAUGCAACAAAUAAAUAACUUAAAGGUAAUAAUUAGCUUAAAAACUUGAACAAAUAGGUUAUUAAAUUUCUUUUAUUAGUUUUAUUUUUACAAAUAUAAGCAUUAAGAAACAAUGACAAAAUCACAUUCCAACUGCACAAAAGUUAUAUUAUAGUUAAUGUGAUGUCUAUUUUGAUCUGUUGAUGCAAUUUUUUUAAUAUUUGGCAUAAAUUUGCUAGAUGUAAUUCCUUAAUCACCUUGUAUAAAAAUAUUGAACCUGUUUUUUGUUUCCAUAGUAAAAUUAUUGACUAGAGCUUGCUUCCACUAAGUAAGAAGACAGAAAAGUCAAUAAUGUUGGUUUGGUAACAGCUUUUAUUUUGGGGUACUUCACUCUGCCGACUCAAAUUCUAAAAUUUAGCAUACCCAUGUGUUUUGAGAAAACUUGUGCUUGAAGAUCCUUUUUGAAUGCUAUCAAUUGUUCUUGCCUCUCGAUUUUUUGUUGUUGUUGUUUGUUUAAAUUUUGUAAGUGGUUUGUAUAUAAGAAUAUAUUUUCGGAAGAAGUGCAGUCCUUUUCAGUAAUGGAUAAUCAUAUUCUUUGUAUAUUGCACCAAAAAAAUACUCAUUUUUAAAAUGUAUUAAUUAAUCUUAGCAUACUUUCCUCUUUUGUUUAUUUUGUAAUUUCUCCAUUACUGUGUGAAACAGCAUUAUAUCAAUAAACAAUUAUCAAUUUUAUUAAUGCAUAUUUUUGUAAUUAAUUAGAUCUUGAUUAUACCAAUUACCAGUGAAUAUUCGGCUAUCAUUCUCUUUAAUCAUAAUUUAUCCUUUUCAGUUUUUUACAUUAAAGUUUCCUACUCCCUUAAAAUAUUUCUUCAACCAUCAGGGUGUCUAACAACAACCCCAAUGGGAAUCUCUGUGAUUAAUGAUAAAUUUAGAGUAAAGUGAGUUAAAAUAGCAGCUAAACAUAUAAUCAGUGCAGCAAACAUUUCUUUUAAAUAUAUGUACUUUUUUCUUCAAAUAUAAAGAUUUUAAAAAAAAUUUUAAUAACUUUGUAAACGUUAGCCAAAAGUUUUUGUUUAUAGUGUAAAAAUGUUUAAAAAUCUUCUGAACAAGUAUAACUAUUUUCUGAAUAUUAUGUAAAUUCAAUAUAAACUUCAAAUUUUGCUUUUUGAGCCUUUUAAAAAAAACUUAUCUAAAUUAGUUUACACUUAAAAAUUUAUGAUAGUAAAAUUUAUAGCUUAAACCAUACCAUUGCAUGCAUUCGCAUAUGCUGAAGGGAUAUGCUUGUCUUAAUGGGACAGUAAUAUUAAUAUCGAUAAAUAUAUUGUUUUAUUGUUGGCAUUUAUACACAUUUCAAAAUGUUUGUGAAGUGUUAGCUGUAUUUCUUCGAAAAUGUACGUAUCUGUGAUGUAAAUUUUAAAAUGCACAGCUUGGUAUUACUAAGCUUAUUGAAUGCAUUUUAUCACACAUCAUAUAAAUAAAUUGUCUUUUCUGUUUUGGGGAAGUAAUGAAGCAGUCAUACUAAUGAUGAUAUGGGUGUUUGCAAAUUCAGGUUAUAGCAAUGUCCCUCCUUCAUAUUUUGAAGCAAAUAUUCAUAAUUUCAAAUUGCAUUGUCUAAACAUAAAUAUUUCAUGUAGUAUUUAGAUUUCUUCACUUGGCUUAAAAUUAUAGAUAUCAAGUAUUAGAAUUUUCUCUAAGACUUGAGUUUUUAUUUUAUGUGCCCUUUUUAUAUGAAUCACUUUUUCUACAGUGUUUGUGAAUAAAUUAUGCAAUGAAAUUUAUCUUGUAUAGUGCUGUUAACAAUUUCUGAUGUCUGAAACUUACAUUACCGUAAUUGAGAUUUUAAUAGUCGGAUGAAAUAUUUUUUACAGAUUUUGUAUUUUUAAUUUAGAUUUUCCUGGGAAAAAUAUAUUUUUAUAUCUUUGAGAAAUAUUUAAAUUGCUUUUUAAUGUUUUAUUUCCUAUUAAUGCUUAUAUAAGGAUAAUAUGUGUAUUAAGUACGUGUAGUGUAGCACUCGUACAGCAUAGCUUGAAACUUUAGAAAAAGUUCUGUUAGACAUCAUUAUCUAACAUGUUUUGACCAAGAACAUUGCCAUUACCGAAAACCUAUGGCAGAACUGCGAGUACUUCAGCAUAGUAACAUAUCAAAAUACAAGUGAGUUUUCCAGUAGAUAAUGCCUCUGAAAAUGAUUAGUGCUUGUGAGAACAUAAAUAAGCAACAAUAUUAAUAAUUCUAGCACAGUUCUAUAAUCUGUCUGAGACCAUCUAAUAUCAGCUUUUGCUAUCAAACUAAAAUAUUUUAUAUACAACAAAAUCGAAGCUACAUUAUUGGUUCUUACAGUAACAGCAAAUUUUAUUUCUGUGGAACAAAGUAGUUUAUCAUCAACUCGGUGUGUUUAUUUCAUUCAGUAAGGUGAAGCCUGCAAAAGCUAUCUAUUCAAUGUUGUGUAAUUAAUUUAUCAUGUAGGCAUCCUUUGAAUUUAUCACAUCUUUGUACUUAUUAACUUUUCAUCUCUGAUCUGCACUGCUGGUGAUGUAUAAUAAAUCGGUGUUGAAAAAGGUGCCAAAAGCAGUUUAUUUUUGUUUUUGGUCUUAUUUACAAUCAGUUGUGAUUAUAGUUCAGUGUAUCUAUGUCUCUCUUUCUGUUUUGUUUUAAACAAGAAAUAUCUUUUUCAUAUUUUGAAAAUAAUUUAUCUAGAGUAUUCUAGAAAAUUAAGUUGUGUAAAGGUGUUUAUUUUUAUUAGAGUAUUCACUGCUGUUUGUUAAUAUAUUUCUUCUUAUUUAAAUAAACUGACGUACCGUU